UGACAGUCUGAAUCACAUGAUCAGAUCAACCUCUGUUUCACUGCUUUGCAAUUUCUUGUGCAGAGUUGGAAUCUUUUUUCAGAUUCUUUGGUGUUCUUCCCUCCACCCCGAUAUGACCUUUUUCCCUGUGAAAUUCUUGAUUGUUGUUUUACUUUGAAAGAGUCAACUACUUGAUUGGUCAAAUUCUGCCACCUUUGCUCUGUUUUCAUCGGGAUUCUGCAGAUUCGUCUGAUUCUUGGAAGCUAGUUGGGCUUUUGGUUGACUUUGUAGCAAAAUGCCAAAAUGGGUUUUAUUGCCCAGCGAGUCAUAAGGGAUUGUCACUCUAUUUUUCUGGCAAUCCUAAGCAAUCAUCUAUGUUUUUGUAAUAUGCGCGCGCGUGGAGUACACAAUUCCUUGAUAAGAACAAGACCAUUGUUGUUAUUUCAAUUUCUGCAUCUAUGAAGCUGUUCUUUCGGUCGAUGAUAUUUCGUUUCGAAUAGUAAAAGCGCUUAGCAUAUUGAAUUUGCUCAGCAAUCAUGAUGUAUUUCCGGAGGAAACAGUCUCAGAAUCAUGUAGAAGACGAUGAUUCGCACAAAGCUGAGAAGGUGAGUGAGCUCAGGGCUGCUCUUGGGUCAUUAUCAGGGCGCAGCCUAAAAUAUUGUACAGACUCGUGCCUGAGGAGAUACUUAGUAGCUCGGAACUGGAACGUCAACAAAGCGAGAAAGAUGUUGGAAGAAUCGAUUAAGUGGCGAGCAUCUUAUAAACCCGAAGAGAUCCGUUGGCCUGAGGUAGCGCAUGAAGGGGAGACCGGUAAAGUUUCGAGAGCUAACUUCUUUGACCGUUUUGGGAGGACAGUCCUUAUCAUGAGGCCAGGAAAGCAGAACACGGCAUCACCAGAAGGCAACAUCCGCCAUUUGGUCUAUAUUAUUGAAAACAGCAUCCUCAACCUUCGCGAGGGUCAGGAGCAGAUGUCGUGGCUGAUAGACUUCACAGGUUGGACAUUGAACACUAAUAUCCCUGUCAGAACUGCCCGCGAUAUCAUCAAUAUCUUACAGAGUCACUACCCGGAGAGGCUUGCGGUCGCAUUUCUCUACAACCCGCCAAGGUUCUUCGAGGCUUUCUAUAAGGCCCUCAAGUACUUCAUGGACCCGAAAACUUCUGAGAAGGUGAAGUUUGUGUACCCAAAGGACAAAGGCAGCAUCGAGCUCAUGAGGACAUUCUUCGAUGUGGAAAACCUCCCAAGUGAAUUCGGAGGCAAGGCAACCUUGAAAUACGACCAUGAGGAAUUCUCUGGUCUCAUGACCGAGGACGAUAUUAAGACUGCUGCAUUCUGGGGAACUGAUGACAAACCACAGAACGUUCUUAACGGGCAUUCGACGGUUGAGGUAGCCCCGGAGCCACUAGCCCUGGUCUCCCCGGCAAGGUAGAUCGAGCUUCAUAUGGUUGUCUUUCCGUAUUCUGGAAAUGUAAACCCGUAAGCAUCGCAGCCAAACUACUACAAUGUAUGAGGGAGUACUAUGUGUUUUACUAACGGGAAAUCACGAUAGCUGCUCGGAUGACUUCCUUGUCGGACUGACGGAUUGGUGUAUUGAUUAAUUUGUAAACCUAUAGCUACUUUAACACGUACGAGGUACUACUGCCAAUUAUCCUCAUAUAAUAGCAUUGGGAAAAGUAUAGUUUUGCCCUGUAGGUUUAGAACUUUUCUGUUUUCAUCCUUUUCUUAUUUUCUUUUCUGUUUUUGUCUUUUACCUUUCGCAAAAUUUCUAUAUGUAAUUUUCCAUUAUGUUUACUGUUAACUUGGUUGACA